AUGACGGAAGAAGAGGCUAUCCUUGCAAUCAUCCUGCUACCCGACAAUCCAACCCCAGUCGUUGCAAAGAUACCCAAAGUUCCUAUCGACCAAGAUGGAAACCCUUCUGCGAAUGCUGUUCACAACCUCCUGAGGCGCAAACAUCACAUCUUGGGACUCGACUACUUGCACCCUGUAGUCAUGCAGAGAUUGGUCAGCCUCACCAACGCUCAAACGGCAUACACCUCAAAUAUGCAUAUCUUUGGAUGGGGGGAUCCCGAGUUGCCAUUGCAUGUUGAGGUUUGCAACAAUGCUCCGGAUUGUAACCGAGGAGAAGGAGAGGCGUAUUGGAGGGUCCCUAUUCUAGCUAUAUGUAUUUCUGAUGAUGCGCAAGCUCAGUUGAAUGCAAAAGUAGAGGAUGCUGCUUUGCUGAUGGCGUAUUUCCAAAGCGCACCCUCAUCCCUAGAUCUUUUGCAAACUGCAGGAGUAUUCUCGAGUCUCUACAGCACCGAUGGAAACUAA